UGUGAGUCCGGGCACUCAGCUCGAACCGAGGCUUGCCCAGCACAAAGUCAAUACAUCGAAUACAUCAAAUGAAGCCUGGAAAUCCGUUAUGUUGGAGAAAAAUCCAGAGCUGUUUCGGCACAUUUUAAGCUCCUUGCUGUGACAUGCAAAUAAAACGCUGAUACCUGUGCCGCUGUCCAGCCUUUCCAACAGCGUGAGAGCCCGCAAGCAGCGCAAACGCGCCGAGCCGCUAAGUGCCACAAAGGCUCUGAGGUUAAACGGCUACAUACUUGCUUUCCGGCAACAUCUCAGUCAUGGAUGGUGACGAGCGACCCCGAAAAAGAGCACGGCUUGCAUGCACCAACUGCAAUGCGCGACGAGUCAAGUGCGAUGUCACGGACCGCCAGCCGUGUCGCAACUGUGAGAUAGCACACGCCGUAUGCGAGACCCGCGAGUCAAAGCGCGGCAAACAUCCUCGAAAGCCGAAAGCGGAAAAUGGCAAGCAGAACAGUGUUACUGCAGUUGAUACUGUCAGAAUCGACAUGACCCCUGAGCGGCAUGAAGACGACAUUGCUGCGUCACAUGUACUUGCGUCUCUUUCGACAAAGUUUCACAGCCCUGCUGAGAAUCAGGCCGCGAACAUCAACACCGACUUUCAGUUUGCUACACCUCGCGUGCGUCACGACUCACAGCCUGGUCUUUCACAGACCCAAACAAGUCGACCUGAAGAUGAUGCUGCCGUCUUUCUAGGCGAGUCCAGUUCGCUCAGAUACGUGACUGAGGAGGGAACACCAGUACCAGCACCUCACCGCCCUCGACUACGUCAUGCUGUGCCAAAUGCUGUCAAAGCAGAAGCACUGGUACCGGAGUGGGAGGCAGAGCGACGUCGUAAACGAAUGGAAGCGCUCCAAGCUGAGGGCGCCUUCUCCUUUCCUCCGAGCGAUGUUCGCAUUGCCCUCCUCGAGGCAUAUUUCCAAUGGUUUCAUCCGCACUUUGCUGUCGUUGAUGAAGCAGAUCUAUGGGAAACGCAUCGUCAGGGUACCAUCUCGCCGCUCCUGUUACAGGCCAUGCUCUUCAUUGGUGUUAUUCACUGCGAAGAACUGACGUUACGUAAUCUCGGGUGGGGAAACCGCCAUAGGGCACGAUACAUUUUCUACAUUCGUGCCAAGGAUAUUUACGACGCGUCCUACGAAACAGACAAGCUGCUUGUUCUUCAAGCCGUGUUCUUGAUGAGCUUUUGGCGCGCGGGCGCACUUUUGGAAAAAGACGCCCGCCAUUGGCUCUCUGUGGCCACAAGUCUAGCCCAGACCAAAGCUCUCCAUCGCUACACAGGAGAGUCGGAUGAGAAACUUGCCAAACUCAAACGGCGAAUAUGGUGGGCUAUAUACGUCCGCGAGCGACAAUGUGGAUCCGCUCUCGGCCUUCCCAAUCGCAUCCGUGACGAAGAUUGUGAUGUUGAGCUUCUCUCUACCUCAGACUUCGAGUUUGCUUACCUACAGACGACAUCGCCAAUUGACGCCGAACGAUACAAAGACUAUGGCGUAGGGAUGGUUCAGCUUGCUGUAUUUUUGGGCAGGAUCGUUGAUGCUGGAUACCUGCCGAAUCGAACCCUCAAGCCUGAGGAUCGUACCACUAUUCGAGAUGAGCUUUACCAAUGGAAGCAACAGCUUCCGCUGGUUAUGCAGGUGUCGGUCGACACGGGAGACGAUCCUAGCUUCCAAGCUAGCAUGCUGCAUCUCGCCUACAACAACUUGUUGAUGCUUCUAUAUCGAUCUAAUUUCAUUAACGAUGAAGAUGGGGGUGCCGACAUAGAGGGGAAUAUUGCUCUACAAGCUGCUGCUCGCAACUCUCGCAUCGUAGAGGAUAUGCUUCCACGAGCCAACAUCGGCCAUGCGCAAAUCCACGUUAUUACGAACCUGUUCAACACUCUAUGCAUACAUGUUGCGCAUCUCAGACGAUCUUCAGGUAUAAAUCGAACGCUGGCCGAGCAUCGGGCGAAACUCUGCUUGUUGGGUCUACAAGAGCUGCAGAGGACCUGGGAAGUCACCAAUUGGGUGCUUCAGCUCUUUUUCCGAUACCUUGAUCGCUCGACAGCUGCACGACUGGCCAUGGAAGCUGAUGAUAUUGGCAUCUCGAGCGUGGCAGCACCCAGCGGACACGUCACCCGUGCUUCAACACCCCUAACGCAACAGGGCGAUAAGGUCGAUGCCGCCGAUGUCGACGCGAUGUUGACGAUGCAGCAGAUGAGCAACAACCAGCCAGAGACGGGCAUGACUCCAUGGUCCUGGACUACCGAUGAAGCCAAUCAGUAUCUCUUCUCACAGAUCGAGAACGAUUUCGCUUUUGGGGAGGGUGGCAUGCUGCAGUGGAGUCCGAAUGAUCUCCUCAACAGUGCAUUGACACCAAACUUCAAUUUCACUGAUCUGCAUCCUCUCGAGAGUGGAGUCCCGCCAGGGUCCUGAGUCACGGCCCCUCGUAAAUCCGACGUGCUAUCAGGGGAACACGACUUGUACAAAUACUCGUAGAGUACGGAUGCACUCAGACAUGUCGCCUCUGGU